CUCCCCCGGUGCUAAGCAGCAAAGCCAGCAAGAGGCAUCCAGCCGGGGCAUUAGUAAAAACCAAGCCUCCCUCCAGGAAUGGCACUUGCCUGAGCACCUCCCCGGCAGCACGCCCCACAGCCGGAGGGAGAACAGGGGGGCACUGGGACAAGAGCUGCAGCCUUCACAGGGUUUGCUGCCCGCACCAGCCAGCAACUGAGAAGAAGGAAGCGACCAUGGCUGAUGACCAAGACCUGUCGGAGGUGGAGAUGAGCCCAGUGGGUUCUGAAGACCAUCACUGCCUCUCGCCGGGACCAUCCAUGGCGUCGGACAACUCUCCACACCUCACCGGCUCUGGAAAUGGGGAGAUGGGCAAGGUCAAGAAGGAGCAGCAAGACUCGGAGGCGGAUGACGACAAGUUCCCUGUCUGCAUCCGUGAGGCGGUCAGCCAGGUGCUGAGCGGCUAUGACUGGACCCUGGUACCCAUGCCUGUUCGGGUCAAUGGAAGUAACAAGAGCAAACCCCACGUCAAGAGGCCCAUGAACGCCUUCAUGGUCUGGGCGCAGGCUGCCCGGAGGAAAUUGGCUGACCAGUAUCCGCACCUCCACAAUGCUGAGCUCAGUAAGACCCUGGGGAAGCUCUGGAGGCUGCUGAACGAAAGUGAUAAGCGUCCUUUUAUUGAAGAGGCCGAGCGGCUGAGGAUGCAGCACAAGAAGGACCACCCCGACUACAAAUACCAGCCACGGAGGCGGAAAAAUGGCAAGGCCACGCAGGGCGAGGGCGAGGGCCAGGUGGAGGGGGAGGCUGGCGGGGCUGCUGCUAUCCAGGCUCACUACAAGAACACCCAUCUGGACCACAGGCAUCCUGGGGAAGGGUCACCCAUGUCCGAUGGGCACCCGGAGCACUCUUCAGGUCAGAGCCACGGCCCUCCCACUCCUCCCACCACCCCUAAGACCGAGCUGCAGGCAGGCAAAGCUGACUCCAAGCGAGAAGGGCGUUCCCUAGGGGAAGGGGGAAAGCCACACAUUGACUUCGGCAACGUGGACAUCGGGGAGAUCAGCCAUGAAGUGAUGUCCAACAUGGAGACCUUUGAUGUCAACGAAUUCGACCAAUACCUGCCACCCAACGGACACGCCGGCCACCCAGGCCAUGUUGGGGGCUACGCAGCGGCCGCUGGCUAUGGUCUUGGGAGCGCCCUGGCUGCGGCCAGUGGACACUCAGCCUGGAUCUCCAAGCAGCAUGGAGUCUCCUUGUCCGCCACCACAUCACCAGUGGUGGACUCCAAGGCCCAGGUGAAAACGGAGGGGUCUGCCCCUGGAGGUCAUUACACCGAUCAACCCUCCACCUCCCAGAUAGCUUACACAUCCCUGAGUCUGCCCCACUACGGUUCGGCCUUUCCCUCCAUCUCCAGGCCCCAGUUUGACUAUCCUGAUCACCAGCCCUCGGGACCCUACUACAGCCACUCCAGCCAAGCCUCCGGCCUCUACUCUGCCUUCUCCUAUAUGGGACCUUCCCAGCGUCCUCUUUACACUGCCAUCUCUGACCCCACACCCUCCGUGCCACAGUCUCAUAGUCCCACACAUUGGGAACAGCCUGUGUAUACGACUCUCUCCAGACCAUAGGGAAUGGGGAACAGUGACCAAAGCAGCGACGGAAAGGCUCCGAAGAAUCCGCACAGGCAGAAGAGCCUCCGAACUCCGAGGUCACUCAGUGCCACCAUCCAGCCACCAGAACCCACUGAGUAUCUGGAAGCGCCUUUCCUGACCCCGGCUAUCGCUGGCUCGCCCGCCUACAGGAAGGUUUUUCGUCCUUUCGCCCUGUACCGAUUUCACGCAGGCCACACAACUGGCUUGCAACACCUUAUUGGCCUUCUAGAUGAGGAAGACUCAAGACAUGGAGUGACGGGUCUGUGGUGGGCUUCGUUGUGCGCACCCUGGACUGUAAGAGGAGAGAGACUGUCCUUUCCUUCCCCUCCUCAACCUCCUCCAGCAAAUUAGCAAGUGUUUCCAAAAGGCCUCUUGUCAAAACUCUUUGUCAGCUGCUGCGGGUGAAGGGUGCUUGCUCAGCCUUGGUGAACAUGUCAUGGGAGGAGGAGUUGGGAGGACGGCAUGGCCGGCUUCCUUGUAUCAGUGUUGUGCAGCAGUCCUGCCUAAGAUUCACACACGCAUGAAUCUUGAUCCCUGCUGGAAGACCAACUUAUGCUUGCCUCCCUGCUGAUUUCCACAGCUGCACGCUAUAGCUUUUCUCCCCACCUCUUCCCUCUGUCCCAUCUGUUUAAUCCCAUACUCCUUCCUGCAUGGAUUUUAUAAGGCUUGACUGAACAGUGCGGAGGGUUCAGGAACGCACUGUCAGCCUUAGCCUCAUAUCAUAGCCUGUAUGUGUGUAUGCGUGUUUGUGUAAGGAGUUGAGGAGAGGUGGGGAAGGAUUUGUGAAUCAUUCAGGUGCUGUGGGUGAAUCCUCUCUUCUUGCAAUUUAAUUUCUAUCAUUCAUUUGUGAUUCAGAUUUCUGGGCAUCUCAGUCCUUCCCAAUCUCUUCAGUAUCCCAACAAUCUCUCAGCAAACCAGGUCCUUGCUCCUCCAGCAUUUGACUGUGUCUGCUGAAAACGUGAAGGCACCAAGAAAGCUACGAUGCACUUGCCAACACCCAGACGUAGCUGCAAUAAUCCAAUACUCGCUCUGAGCACUGCUCCAAACUCAGGCCAAUGGUGUGUACAUCACUGCUCAUUUGUUCAUCACGUUAUUGCAAUCUGUCAGCACCUCCCUCCUACUUUUGCUCAGGAUGGAAAGAUACUCUUGUGGAUAUAAGCAAGGUAGAUAUGCACCCAAUAUUGGAUGACUACAAAGAAAAAACCACUACUUAUGUGCAGAACUCAUUUUCACCUCUGGGUUUCAAGCUGGAAACAAGCAGCUCUUGCAGUCAGAUCGACCCUUUUUGUUCAGCCCAUCUCCUGAGGACAGCCUACUUAAUUCUCCUUUGUCACCUCCAGGACUGGGUGGUGCGUUCUGCCAGGGAGUGAACUGGCCGAGAAGCUGCUGCAGGAAAAAGUGACUCCUGACAACUGAUCACAGAGAUGUGUUGUGGGACCUCCUAACGGGUAAUUCCGUCUAGAAAGAUAAAAUACUUCAACCGAACGUGGACUGUGAUUCGUGUCACUGUUUCCCUCCGUUGAUAUGAUGUCAGAUGUCCUUCCCACCUCCUUUAGCUAUGGAUGACUUCUUGUGGUGUCUGAAGAGAUCACAUAGAAUGUUUGUUCCCUGAACGCAUGUAACCUAUUUGAGCCCUGUCCUCUUAUUUAUGCAAGUAGCACCUUCCUCCCCCUGCUCCCUUUCCCCAGUCUCUAUGCUGCCCUAGCACCAUUAACUCUGCAUUAAACAUAUGGAAUAAUAAACUUAAAAGUUUCAUUUUCA